AUGGUACUGCUACGACAACUUUGCAAAAAGCCGCUUGUCCUGCUGGCCCUGGUUCACCUGGUAGUAGCUGGUACUACUAGUAGACGAGUGCCAACCCCUCCCAUUGAUCUCCUGGCUGAUCCGGCCAAUAACAACAACAGACAUCUUCAAGAAUCCUUCUUGGGUCCUGGCUUUAAGCGAACCGUCGUAUUCAAUGGAACCAAAAGUGGGGCCCAGUUUGGAACCAGAGUGGCCAUGAAUGCCGAUGGAACUGUGGUAGCAGCCGUCGGUGAGGGAUACGUGGAAGUCUAUGAACUACUCGAAGACAGCAAUCAAUGGAAACUACGUGGCGGGAGAAUCACGCUCACAUCGGAUGUAACCAUACCCCGAUCGAUCGAUUUGUCCCCCGAUGGCAGGGUGGUCGCAUUUGGACAACCCGAAUUGGAUCAUCCCAUCUACGGAUCCAGGGCGGGUCAAGUGAACAUUUACGAAUACAACCGCACCAGCAACAGUUGGAUUGCACGGGGAAUUUGGGUGGGAACCAAUCCCAAUGAUCAAGUGGGAUUCUCCCUCGCAUUUCACAAACCUGUGCCAACGACUCUUGAUGAUGGACAACAACAACAAUAUGGCAAUGGAGAUGUGUUGGCACUGGGUGUGCCUGGUUUUGAAACAGUGGGCGACCCAGGCUUUGAAUAUCCUCUGGGAGAAGUCUGGCUGCUGUUCUACAAUGAAACAUCGGGACAGUACGCUCUCAGUGAACAAGUACGGGCACAGAGUCUAACAGGACCUGCGGACACUGGAAGAAUCGACUUCCUGGCAUUUGGAAGCUCACUGGCUCUGACAGGGUUGGGGGAAUUCGUGCUGGCCGUGGGAAUUGAUACAUUCAAUACAGAACUACGACCUGGAAGAGUGGUGGUCCUGGUAUCAGCGAUUGACACGGGUAGGGAUGCUGACUUUGUUCUUUUGGGAAGUGAGAUUGUUGGAGAAGGUGGAGGAGAUGGCUUUGGCCAAGCAAUUGCUAUGAGUCAAACUGGGAGGGUCAUUGCCAUUGGAGGGCCACGCAAUGAUGGGAGGAAUCAAUUCCUAUCGGGCCAUGUUGAGGUCUAUGGCUAUGUGCAGGGAAAUGAUGAAUUCUGGGUGCAGCUGGGAACUGAUAUUGACGGAUUAAACACCAAUGAGCAGUUUGGUUUCGCCAUGGCUAUCAGCUACAGUGGCGACACUCUGUUGGUUGGAGCACCCUUCAGCACACGAGAUACUGGCUAUGCAGUCCUUUUGAAAUUUGAUUUGGACAGCGAAUCGUGGGAAGAGGUUGAGCUCAACCGCAAUGCUGGUACGCUUAUUAAUGGAGGGGGUAUCAGCCGUGUGGGUCAUGGUGUGGCAAUGUCUGCAGAUGGAACAAAGAUGAUUAUUGGAGCACCCUUUGCAACAACUGCAUUGGGUGUGGGGUCGGGGACAGCUCAGUUGUGGCAAAACACACUGUACCCAACCUUUUCUCCCAUUUUUAAUGACAUUCCAGAUGUCAGUCGAAAUGAGCAAGAAGACUUGUCGGUUGGAGGAUUCUCUUGGUUGGUGUCAAAUGUCAAGCAAGGUUGGACCUUGGGAGUUUCCUACCUGCAAUCAGUCUUUGGUGUCUGAAGCAAGGAAAUAGAAACAUAGUAAACAUGAACUGAAUGAAUCUUUGCCCCAGAAUCCC